AUGAAUAUAUCAGCUCCCCUCUGCGCUCCCACUGCGGAUGCAGCGUUCGGCCCCGUUGUCGACGCGGCGUGUCGCGAUGGGUUCGACUUCACUCUCGUCUUUGAGCAGUCCAUCUUUGUCCUUGUUCCCGCGUCGCUGCUUGUCCUCGCGGCGCCUCUGCGACUCAUCCAGCUACGCAAGUCGCCAAUCAAAGUCGUCGACCACGUAUCCCGCGUGAUCAAAUUGUCUGUUGUAGGUUGUCUCGCAGCUCUUCAGCUCGUCCUCAUCGCCCUCUGGGCAACCCAUGAUGGGCCUGCGCGUCUGAGCAGUGUCUCUGUUGCUGCUGCCUGUGUCUCCUUUGCCUCUAGCCUCAUGUCCUGUGCCCUCUCGUAUUUUGAACAUGGCAGAUCCCUUGGUCCCUCGUCGCUGCUCAAUGUCUUCUUGCUCGUGUCUCUGCUGCUCGACGCUGCUGUUUUACGAACCGUGUGGCUCUCCCUCUCCACCGUCGCUGCCAUCCGGGCUGUUCUCACGGCUUCGUUUGGUGUCAAGACGGCGCUGCUCGUGCUUGAGGCGAGAGAAAAGUCGGGCCACGUUGUUGGCCGGCACACUCUCGCCCCGGAGGAGACAUCCGGCCUGUAUAGCCGGGCCGUGUUUGCGUGGGUUGCUCCGCUUCUCCGGACCGGCUUCCGGCGCCUGCUUCGGCCGGCCGACUUGUUCCCGCUCGACGAGAAGAUGACAUCUCCCUCGACGCAGACGAACAAGCAUCGCCUCAUCUUCUGCUGUAUCGUCACUCUUCGCUCUGCCAUCAUCUCUGUUAUUGUCCCGCGGUUGUUUCUCCUUGCCUUUACCAUUUGCCAGCCUCUGGUCUUGACCCGCUUUCUCGGCUUUCUCAACGAUGAGGCGCAAUCGGUCAACGUUGGCUACGGGCUCAUUGGAGCUUACGGACUCGUGUACCUGGGCAUCGCGGCCACGCAGGCGCUGUACUGGCAUCAAAACGGCCGCUGUGUGACGAUGCUCCGAGGAGUCCUUGUGUCGGCUAUAUUUUCCAAGGUCACCGAGGUGAGCAUCGUUGCGGUCGACGAUUCUGCCGCCUUGACUCUCAUGUCUUCUGAUGUCGACGUCAUUGGCCGUGCUAUGAGGCAGAUUCACGAAUUCUGGGCCAAUGUCUUUCAGAUUGCAAUUGCGACCUGGCUUUUAAGCAAGCAGAUUGGGUAUGCGGCAGCAGGGCCCAUAAUCGUCUCUGUUCUUUCGCUGGGGGCGACCAUGUUUGUCUCGCCACUUGCGCAAAAAUAUCAGGUUGGUUGGCUUGAAAAGACUCAGAAGCGAGUUGGUAUAACUUCUGCCAUGAUUGGUCACAUCAAGAGCAUCAAAAUGUCUGGUCUCUCCAAACACCUUUCCGACACCAUUGCUGCUCUUCGCGUCCAAGAAAUCACCGCCUCCAAGCCCUUCCGAGUGGUGGGAGCAGUGACAUCUUCGGUGGCCCAAGUGCCGCUGCUUCUCUCUCCGGUUCUGGCUUUCGCCAUGUUCCAGGGCAUUACGGCGGCGACGGGACAAGUGCUCGAUGCUACACGCAUGUUUGCCGCGCUUUCGCUGAUUACGUUGCUUGCGCAGCCUCUGUUUUGGAUUUUCGAAGUGGUGCUGGAUAUGAGUGCUGCUUUUGGCGCGUUUGACCGAAUCCAAAAGUUUCUGGCCAGCUCUACUCGGGACGAGUACAGGACUGUGGAUACGGCCAAUGGGAUGGAUUCAACGACUGUCCACACUGGGGAAGAAGCUGGUUUGAUUGAGCUCCAGACUCCAAGGUCUCGCACCUCUCGCGCAUCUUUGUCGAGCCUCACAGCCACUGCCGUUGAGGUUGAGGAUGCUACGUUUGCCUGGACGUCAGAUCGACAGGUCUUGAAUAAUACCAGCUUCUCUCUCACCCGUGGCCAGUUUGCACUUCUAAUUGGCCCCGUGGCAUCUGGUAAGACAACUUUGCUCAAAGGACUCUUGGGAGAGGUGCCAUAUUGCAAAGGAAAGGUCUUUCUAGCUAGCAGCCGUCUUUCUUGGUGCGAACAGACUCCUUGGAUCCUGAAUCAAUCUAUUAGGGACAACAUAACAGCGUACUCCCACUUCGACCAGGACCUAUACGACCAGACGAUCAAGGCGUGUGAACUUGAAGAAGACUUUAGGCAACUUCCCCAGGGAGAUUUUACCAGUGUUGGCAGCAAAGGGCUCGCCCUCAGUGGUGGCCAAAAGCAGCGAGUGGCGCUGGCCAGGGCUGUGUACUCUCGACCCCGUAUCGCCUUGUUUGACGACAUAUUCAGCGGACUGGAUAACGCUACCUCGCAGCGCAUUUUUAGAAACUUGUUUUCUUCUACGGGACUAUUUAGAAGAUGGGGAACAACUGUUGUAUUGGCUACACAAACUGUCGAAUUCCUUGCAUCGGCCGAUCUAAUAAUCGCACUAGGUCGAGAGAGCAAGAUAAUAGAACAAGGGUCCUUUUCUCAGCUCUUAGCUUCAGAUGGAUAUGUUCAGAAUUUGGCCGCCGAGCGAGCCAUGGCCCCCCAUCCUGAAGUUCAAGAUGAGGCUAUUUCAGAAUCCAGAGCCGAAGCUGCUGCACCAAAAGUGGAAUACAAGGCCAAACAAGUAGAGAUGAAAGAUGAUAAACGUAGACAGCUCGGAGAUUCAACUGUCUACAAGUACUAUUUCGGUAGCAUUGGAUCAAUCUUCAUCAUAAUCCUGCUCUCUCUCGAGAUCGUCUGGGCUUUCCUCCAGAGCUUUCCAACUGUUUGGCUCAAGUUCUGGACAGACACGAACAGUCAAGGACACACCCGAACGGGAUUGUAUCUUGGAGUCUUCUCUGCUUUGCAAAUAAUCGGCGUUUUCUGGUUUGCCUUGCUUAUAUGGUUCGUUCUCGUCGUUGUCGCGGCAAAAUCGGGAGUGUCACUUCAUCAUAGACUCCUCUUAGCCGUUGUUAGUGCACCACUGUCACUCUUUACAACGACCGACUUGGGCUCGAUUACCACAAGAUUCUCUCAAGACAUUGGCAUUCUUGACAAUAACCUCCCACUCGCACUUGUGGUAACAAUAGCGAGCUUCUUCGGGGUCCUUGCUAGAGCAGGUCUUCUCGCGGCUUCAUCCUACUACGUAGCCAUCAGCUUCCCCUUUCUCGCCGCCUUGUAUUACUUCCUCCAGCGCGGCUACCUUCGCACGUCGCGACAGCUUCGUCUCCUUGACCUUGAGGAGAAGGCACCGGUUUACACGCAAUUCAUGGAAACGCUCUCUGGAAUUUCCACGAUCCGAGCGUUUGGAUGGCAAAACCAGGCCAUCUUGAAGAAUCACCAACUCGUCGACUCAUCUCAGAAGCCCUUCUAUCUUCUCAUCAUGGUCCAGCGAUGGCUCGUCCUCGUCCUCGAUCUGACCACCACGGCGCUCGCUCUCCUCAUUGUCGGGUUUUCCGUCAAGCUUCGCGGAUCAGUUUCCGUUGGGCUCACUGGCGUGUCGCUGGUCCAACUCAUCACCAUGAGCGAAACGCUGAAUAUGCUCAUCCAGUUUUGGACCUCGAUUGAGACUUCUAUCGGGGCCGUUGCUCGCAUCAAGCAAUUUGCCGAAGAGACCCCAGACGAGAGUCUUCCGGGAGAAGAUCAAGAGGUGCCUGCUAAUUGGCCAGACAAAGGACAUGUUGUCAUACAGGCUCUUGAGGCAUCGUAUGACGAGAGCGAUGGCAUCAAAGCUCUUGAUGGCGUUACGCUAGACCUGAAGCCAGGGGACAAGACUGCCAUUGUUGGGCGUACAGGAAGCGGUAAAUCCUCGCUCUUGUUAGCCAUCCUCCGCCUGCUCGACCCAUCUUCUGGCACUCUCAGCAUCGAUUCCGUCCUCCUCAGCACCAUCCCUCGCGAAAACAUUCGCUCCCGCAUCGUUACCGUAUCCCAGGACCAGUUCGUUCUCCCCGGAACCAUACGUCACAACAUUGACCCGUCAGCCUCCUACACCGACGACGCCAUUGUCGAAGCCCUGCAUGCGGUCGAUCUAUGGGCCGUGAUCGAUUCUCGCGGCGGCCUCGACGCGACUUUUGAGGAGGAUAUGCUGAGCCAUGGGCAAAAGCAACUCUUUUUCCUCGCGAGAGCUGUGCUGAAGAAGGAUUGCGGUAAAGUUGUUCUCUUGGACGAGGCCAGUAGCAGCCUAGACAAGGAAACAGAGCAGAUGGUCCGUACAAUCAUCAACACGCACUUCAAGAACCACACUGUCGUCUCCAUCGCCCAUCAUUUGGAAACGAUUCUAGAUUUCGACCGCGUCGUGGUCAUGGAUAAAGGCCGUGUUGUGGAAGUUGGACCGCCUCGAGAAUUACUUCAGUCUGCUGGCCAUGGCAAGUUCAAGGCUCUGUGGGAGGCAAAUAACCGCGGAGCACCCAACUAG